AACGUCCGCCGAAAUUUCAAAAACAUUUUCGUUUGCUUCGGGUGUUGCAAUUGUGAGUUUUUUUGCUAGCUAUUUUAAACUAUUAGUUGAACGCGUUAUGGAUCCCUUUAGUGAAGACCGUACGAAAAUGUACUUUUAUGAAACCAGAUUGAAUACCUACGUGGGGUGGCCGUUCGAAGAGGGCUGCGCGUGCACUCCAGAGAACAUGGCCAAAGCUGGAUUCAUCCACACACCAACAGAGAACAGCCCGGACAUAGCCAAGUGCUUCUUCUGUCUCAAAGAACUGGAGGGCUGGGAGCCAGAUGAUGACCCAGAGAAGGAGCAUAAGUCUCAUUCACCCAGCUGCAACUUCAUCUCCUUGAAGAAGAGUGUGAAUGACCUGACUGUGGAAGAGUUCCUCAAACUCCAGAAAGAGAAGCAGAAAUUCCACAUUAAAAAGCAUUGCAAUGAGGCCAUCACUAAGUUUGAGGAGGCGGCAAAAAGCAGAAGAGGUGAGCUCAUCAAGACUGCCAUGGAUGAAGAGUGAUGUGGAGGGACCUGUUUGAGUACUUUAAAUGUUCUGCUCUGGAGUAAUCACUGGUAGUGCAGUAGCCUAAUGUACAUAUUCUGUCUGUCCGCAUUAGCUAGGUGUUUUUACCAAUAAAUAUUUUAUUUCCCAA